AGACUUAGUACUUUUAGAAGACUUUAGAAUUUCACUGAUUUACUAUAGUUAACUAUAGCGCCACUUCCAGUGCAGAAGACACAGUCAAGUCAGAGCCUGUUUAAGAUAUUAGAUAUUAACAUAUUAGACAUUCUCUGGUAAAGCCCAGAAUGUGUCGGAAGUUGUGCAAGACAUAGGUCGAAGGUGACUGCAUGAGUAGAAAAUGUUGCUGAAGCGUUUAAUCUACCAUUGUACGGGUUAGUAGAGCAGACCUGAUCCUGCUUACUUCAGGGUGGUAAAACAACUUUAAAUCAUAAAAAUAAAAAAAAAGUUCUUCACUUGAUCAUUUUAAACAGUAAACCAUUUCUCAUGGGUAACUUGAAACCAUAAUUCUAAAAGCGCAUGUGUGUGCGUCAGAACUGUGUAAACUCUGAAAUGUAUGUUCUUCAAAGGAUCAACAUCCACAGGAAGGUGACAUGCCUUCAGCAUGGUUUGGCGAUAACCCGCUGGGGGAGCAACUGCAGACCAGCACCUCUUUUGACCAUUUCACCCACUCGAUCCCUCAUCGAUGAGCAGGUUACCAUAGAAGGGCGUUACCUUCCCCCAUUCUGUCGUAUCACCAUGCGUGCAUGCUUGCAAAGCGAAGAUGGUGACCUAUGGGAGACACACUCCCACUACAAUACAGAUAAGAAUGGCAGAGUUAACUUGACCAGGGAUGUGUCUGUGGGGGGUUCAUAUGUGGGCUGUGAGCCAAUGGGUUUAUUCUGGAGCUUGCAGCCUGCACAUGGGGAAAGAAAGGGUCUGAGACUAAGAAAGAAGAAUGUUGAGACACCGUACCCAAUUCAAAUAUCUAUUCUGGAUGGUCAUGUCACAUUUGAAGAUAAUAAUAAUAAUAACCAGGAGCUGGCAGCUGUCACUGUAGAACGCUGGUACAUGGCUCCAGGUGUCAGAAGAAUGGAAAUACGACAAAACGGAAUAGUGGGGACCUUGUUCCUACCCCCCGGCCCAGGCCCAUUUCCAGCUAUGGUAGACCUAUGGGGUAUGGGUGGAGGACUGGUAGAAUAUCGCUCUGCCCUGUGUGCAUCCAGAGGCUUUGCAAGUCUUGCCCUUGCCUAUUUUGGUCACAGUGACAUUCCUGGUCCUCUUAACUGCAUUAACGUGGGAGACCAGUACUUUAGGGCAGCAUUGAAACUGCUACAAGAACAUCCCAAGGUGUGUGGGGAUCGGAUAGGUGUCAUGGGCCUUUCAUUUGGAGUCUACCUGUCUCUUAGAAUCGCCACUCAGAUUGGUGUCAGUCCCAGGUGUGUGAUUUGUAUCAAUGGGCCAAUUGGUAGUUUUAACAAGCUAUCAGAUAAUGUCAGCGGUAGCAAAAGCUUUGAAGGUGAUCAGAAGCACUGGAGUUUCAAUGAACAGGGGUAUGUCAGUUUCAGAGAAGUUUCCUUACCCAACAACAUACCACCAGAGAACAAAGUAAAGCUUGAGAACCUUUGCUGCCCCCUGCUGUACAUUGUUGGCGAAGAUGACCUAAGCUGUGCAGCAAUGGAGAACGCAAAUGAGAUUGAGGAGAGUCUUAAGGCUGCAGGAAAAUCCCACCUGCUUGUUCGUCUGUCAUACCCAGGUGCUGGUCACCUGAUUGAGCCACCUUAUACACCGAAUGCACGAGCCUCUAUGUGGACCACCAGACCAAAAAAGCUGAUAACACUCUGGGGAGGACACCUCGCUCCCCAUGCUGCUGCCCAGGAACACGCCUGGACAAGGAUUCUGGAAUUUAUGGAAUGCAAUCUAAGAGGGUGAAGAACCCUGAAAAAGGGAAAUAAUUUAGCAUAUGUCACUCCUUUUUUUCAGAUUUGAUUGGUUAUAUCUUGUGUAUUAAAGGUACAAUAGGAAACAUGUGUAAGAUAACGACGCCCUCCUAAAGGUGUUAAGCAACACAAACAGCUCAGCGCCAGUAGAAUGUCAGUUUCAAAUUUUUAGAGCAGCCAGCUACUUUCCAGCAAAUUAUUUCCAGCCAGCAAUCCCGUUACUGACAAUUCUUCCUUUGCUUAUUUAGUGAAACUACUGUCAAUUAAACUUUAGCUGGAGGAUAACGCAGAAGAACAUUUUUUUCUAUUUUAAUUUAUUUUAUAAUGUUCCCACUUCAAAAUUAUAAGCUAUUUUAAAAUCUAUUUGGACCAUGGUCCCUUGAUACCUGGAAGAGGUACACCCGACCCCAAACUGUCACUUUGGCUCUGAUUAAGUUGGUAGGAAUUUGUACAGUAUACCUGUCUGUCUGACAAAAUCUACCUGCGGGUACAAAUAAAGUAACCCAAACCUGA